AUGAAGUCUGUCACUUGCACUGCACCCGUUAAUAUCGCUGUCAUCAAGUAUUGGGGUAAACGCGAUACUGAGCUCAUCUUGCCCACCAACGAUUCGCUCUCUGUCACCUUGUCGCAAGACAUUCUUCACAGCAAGACAUCGAUUGCAGCUAGCAAGGAGUUCACCGAAGACCGCUUGUGGUUGAAUGGCAAGGAGGAGGACAUUACCAAGAAUCGCCGCAUGCACAACUGCUUCCGGGAGACGCGUGCCUUGAGAGCCAAGAUGGAGCAAGCCAAUGCCGACCUUGAGCCUUUGUCGACCUACAAGUUGCAUGUGUGUUCCGAGAACAACUUCCCUACGGCUGCUGGAUUGGCGUCUUCUGCUUCGGGUCUUGCUGCCUUGGUGUAUACGCUUGCGCAAUUGUUUGAAUUGGAUAUCAGCACCUCUGAAUUGACUCGUAUUGCACGUCAAGGUUCCGGAUCCGCUUGCCGUUCGUUGUUUGGUGGUUUCGUUGCAUGGCAAAUGGGACAAGAAGCAGAUGGAUCAGAUUCGUUGGCUGUACAAGUGGCACCCGAGUCCCAUUGGCCCGAGCUUGAAGCAUUGAUUUGUGUUGUAUCUGAUGCCAAAAAGGGUACUUCCUCCACCAAGGGUAUGCAGAGCACCAUUGAAACGAGCCCCUUGAUGGCAGAGCGUCUUCGUUGUGUUCCUGGUCGUAUGGAUGCCAUGAAGAAGGCUAUUCACGAGCGUGAUUUCCAAUCAUUUGCCGAACUUACCAUGCGUGAUUCCAACCAAUUCCAUGCUGUGUGCCUUGAUACUUAUCCUCCCAUCUCGUAUCAAACCGAUACUUCUCGUGCUAUCAUGGCCCUUAUUCAUGAAUACAACAACUCCUCCCCCGAUGGAAAACUCAAGGCUGCUUAUACCUAUGACGCUGGACCGAAUGCUGUCAUUUACGCCAACAAGGAGAAUAUGCGCGAGAUUAUCCAAUUGGUUGCUCACUACUUCCCUGGUACUAUCGGCACUUACUUUACCGAUCCCUACAAGGUCAUUGGUGAUGCUCCUCUUGGUCAAGACUUUAUCCCCAAGGCUCACUCUACUUUCAAUGAAAAUGUGAUUCCUGUUUUCCCUGCUGGAAGUGUGAGUCGAUUGCUUCACACAAAGGUGGAUGAUGGCCCACGUGUUCUUGCCAACCCAGAUGAUUCUCUCCUCAAUGCUCAAGGUCUUCCCAAGCGUCUUGCAUAA